AUGGACAGAUGUGCAGCGCUCCUGAGGAUCGAGACGCAGGAGUACCACCGAGCCCUUGUCAGCGCCUCCUCCACCACUAGGUCGACGAUCAUCUCCUCCUCGAGCGAGGCCCCACGCACCGUCGAGCACAACGCGCAGGAGCUCUACGUCGCGAUGGUGCAACUGGCCAACCACCUUCAACAGGUCACCCACGACCUCCUCCACCACCACCAGCGCCACCGCCGUCUCGGCAGGGCCACCACCAGCUGCUCAGCAGCUUUGGCCCCGGCCAAGAAGAUCGAGAAGAAGAAGAAGAAGACGAGCAGUGCCAGGAGCUGCGAGCACUGCGGCCGGACGUCGUCUGCUGCCUGGCGCCGAGGCCCCGACUACCGCCUCUGUGGGCUGCGAUACCAGGCGUGGAAGAACACCAUCCGCUCCAUGAGCGUGCAGGCCAUCCUCAACUGA